AUGGCGCUCUCUGUCCUUCCCUGGGCACAGCAGUUGCCAGCAUCGAGGUUGACACAGCUGCCAAAGGAAGCCCGGUCCGUGUCGCGAAGCAAUGGAGCAGAAAGGUCAAAGGCUCUUCACCAGAGAAUUCUAGACAACAACUUUGGGAUUGUUAGAUGCAAAGAUCUGGUCUGGAGACGACAGGACUCUGAGAGGUUUUAUGCUGAACAUUCAGGGAGAUUCUUCUAUCAAAGACUUGUUGAAUUCAUGUCAAGUGGGCCAAUGCGAGCGUACAUUUUAGCCAGGGAGGAUGCCAUAAGCCACUGGAGAGAACUGAUGGGGCCGACCAAAGUGUUCAGAGCCAGAUUCAACUCGCCUGCUUCCAUCAGGGGCCAGUUUGGACUCACAGACACAAGGAACACAACUCAUGGCUCAGAUUCUCUUGAGUCGGCUCAAAGAGAGAUUACUUUCUUCUUCCCAGACUUCUGUGCAGACGAGUGGAUGAAAAAGGAGGAGCCAUUGUUUAGAUCAGGGCAGAUCCGUUAUGACCAUCAAAACCAGAUUCACACACUUUCAUUGUCAAGCUGACACCAGAUCAGCUCAACGCUGUCAACAUCAUCAGUAUAAAGACUAUUACUGUUGAUCUAUUGCUCACAUAUAUACAGAGGUACCUCAGCUGAAGGCCACAUGAUUACCUGAUUGUCUUUGAGCAUGCCAAAUGAGUUCAUUUUAAAAGGACAGUACAUUUCGGUGUGUAAUUUAUUAUCAUUAGAAAACACAAAUAACGACAGAAUUUUAAAAAGUAACCUCGAUAUCUUACAAAACACGAUGCUGUUCGUGAGCGCUUUUUCUUUUUUAUUAUCACAAACCUCCGUCCAGGCUUCACUGUAAAUAGUGCAAUCGUCACAGUCAGUUUCCUGAGCCUUUUGCUUUGUAGGACAGCAGCGACUACAAAUGGUGCAUCAAUGCCAAGUAACAAAACUAUGAAACAUUUAUAUCAUAUUAAAUAAUAUUGCAGUAAUAGUUUUACACCUAUGUUAAUGUUCAACCACAUCUUAAAAUGUGAAAAUACUCUGGAUUAAACUAUUUUCGCGUUCAGUGCUAAGCAAUGAUUUCUUUACACUGAUGUGGAAACAAGCUGUCAGCUGUAAUAUACUACAAUUGCUUUUAAUAUGACAUUCGCUGUAACAUACCACGUUUUGUUUUGCCUGUUACCCCAUGCUUGUUUGAUCAAAUGUCUCUUGUAAAAGUCUCCAACAUGUCAGUAAAACAUACAUCGUAAAGUACUAAAUGCACUAGAAAUCAGAUUUUUGUGCUUUCGACACCUGUCAGACCACAAAACCUGUUCGAUUUCUUUCACAGUCAUAAUUAUUUUCAUUUUUUGGCUUCUUCCAAUGUCCCCCUGCACUCAGGCGUUUUGUGUCGCCACCUGUUUGAUAGCUUCCACUGGUUUCAUGACCUCAUAUGUCGUGAGGGACUUCUUCACCUUCCCGUUCUUGUCCACCUGGUGGAUGCUCUGGGUGACUGUAAUGGUCACCUGCUUGGUCGACAUCCGAUUGUCCUGCCAUUUUGUCUGUUAAUGGAGAAUAAAUGGACAAUAAAAAAUAAUAAAAAAA